AUGGACUGCGUACACUCUACCCAGACCCCAUUUUGUGGGAAUAUACUGGAGUCAUGGCGCUAGCAUCUUUCCGUACUGAUAAUGCCUCAAAAUUGGAGGAGUUGUAUGGUGAGUUAAAAUCUGGAGGUAAUGGGAGGAUCAUUCUCACUGGGAAAGACGUCGAAAUUGAGGGCUUAACAUGGAUUGCAACAAAGUCAAGCGGUUGUGCUAUUGUAGAAGGAUAUUUUGAUUUCACAAUAUUGUGGGAGCUAUCCUUUCCAAACAGUGAUAUUAGAUAUAUUGAUGAUGAAAGACUAGCUUGUAAGUUGUCUGCUUUUUCUCCUCCCGAUGAAUGGGGGCUUGAAAAUAACACAAAGGAGGAUAAAGAGACUAGGACAAAAAAGUUAUUGGAGAUACUCGAAAGCAAGAAGGUUCUUUUGAUAUUUGUAGACAGCGCAGGUAAAGUGGAUGAGCUGAGCAUGAACGUGGUAUCUCGUCGCAUUAGAGAAUAAAAGGCUAAUCUUGUACGAGAAAUUCUGGUAACCACAGCACUUGACAAAGUCGAAAACCAAGUUGCUAAGGGACGAGUUAUUGAAGUGGAGCAUAAGAAGAACCAAAUCACUGGCCAGGAGUCACUUUCUUCAUGUUGUGAGCUUAUUGGAAAGACGAUCGAUAGAACUCCUGGUAUGUAACUGUAACACCCCGCAUUUCGGACGAGAACGAAAAUCGUCAUUUCCUUCACGUAAAGGUUCCAAAAGCCAUAAAUCCAAUGCAAGUUUAGUGUGUUAGUAAAUUAUGUAGUGUGGAAACCUAUUUGAGCAUGAAUUGAGAUCAUAGAGGUCCCCUAACUCAAGGACGAGUUGAA